CCCAACAGCGGCAGCAUCAGCAAAGGCGCGGAAGAAGAUGUCUCUUCUCCGCUGCUCCGCGCGUUUCCGCGCCGCCAUCUCCACGUCUUUCCACCGGCGCCUCCACGCCCAGCCACCGCCGGGGAGCCGCCUGGACGAAGCGGCAGCAGGGCCCCUCUGCUGCUGCCUCGAGUCCCGGUCCGUCGUCCGCUUCCGGGGUCCCGACACCAUCAAGUUCCUCCAGGGCCUCCUCACCAACGACGUCCUCCGACUCGAUCCCAAACUCCUUCCGGCCGGCGAAGGCGGCGACUCUCAUACCUCCUACAUCCCGACGCCGAAUCUCAACCACCGUUCCCCGCCGCCAGUUUAUGCCGCCCUGCUCACCCCCCAAGGGAGGUUCUUGUACGAUUUCUUCCUCUACCGCCCGCCUGGGGCGGACGAGAAACUCAAUAGAACCGGUUCGGGGCCCGGGUCGGAAGAACCUGAGGAGCCCUUCACUUUGCUCGCCGAUGUCGAUGCUGCUGUCAUGGAUGAGCUUCUUGAUUGCUUCAAGAAGUACCGUUUGAGGUCAAAGGUGGAGAUAGACAAUGUGGCUAGGGAAUACUCUUGCUGGCAACGGUUCGGCAGCAAUCUGUGUGGCAAAGCACCAACAUCCGACGAACCCGAGGCUGUAUCAGUUGGCUGGGGGAAAGGCAUUGACCAAGCUGGUGUAGCUGCUGCACUAGGAAAUGAUCUUGGUUGGCGAUGGUUCAAGGACCCUAGAUUGGAUUGCCUCGGAUUUAGGGGAAUUUUUCCUGCUAAUUCAACACCACCUUUAGUUGAGGCAGAUAAGGAAGUCAAUGAGCAACACUACCUUCUAUGGAGGUUACAGAAAGGAGUUCCAGAAGGUUCAACUGAGAUUCCAAAAGGUGAUGCAGUUCCUCUUGAAUAUAAUCUUGUUGGGUUGAAUGCCAUCUCUUUCGAUAAAGGAUGCUACGUAGGUCAGGAGCUAAUUGCUCGGACACAUCAUCGAGGUGUCAUCCGCAAGCGGUUGUUUCCUCUGAAGUUUGUAACUGAUAAUGGAGAAGAAAUGCAGCAAGAAGUCUCGCCAAAUUCAGACAUAGUAGAUUAUGCUUCUAAUAAAAAGGUUGGGACUGUGACAACGGCACUUGAAUGUCAUGGCAUGGGCUUGGUGAGACUGGAUGAUGGCCUCAAGCAGUCCUCCGAUCUACGCAUCAAAGGUAGGGAAGAUUUGACGGUUAGGGUCAUCAGACCAGAUUGGUGGCCUGUUGAAUGGACACAAUUGCAAGAACAACGAACUGUUGCUGCUUAGAGUUAAAUGUUGAAAUGCUCGAUGCCGAUUUUAUUAUAUUUUACCAGUCAAACAUGGGUGUAGAUGGCUGUGAUCUCCGAAAACAAUGAACAGCUGUUCAGUCUCUAACCUUCUAAGUCAGGUAAAGUAGAGCACCCUUUCAACACAUCUUGGUUGGUCAGUAACCCUAGCUUGUACUAUUAAAUAAAAUGUGAUUCAGCGGAGUAGCUUGUGUAAUUUCUGCACAGUUCAGUUGUGAAAUUUUAACGAGGAAUGAUUACUCCACCAAAUAAUAUCAUUAUUCAGAUUGAG